AUGACAACAACAACAACAAUAUCAAUCAUUGGGACUGCAGGUAGAGACAAAACAAAAAGGCUGACAAGCGAUCAUUUUGCUUAUAUGUGUCAAUGUGUUGAAUCGUAUAUAGCUGAUAAAGGUUUACUAUUAUCAUCGAAUCAACCGUCAUCUUUACAGAAGAGUACAGUUACAUUGGUCAGUGGAGGUGCUGCUUGGGCUGAUCACGUGGCUGUAGAUAUCUAUCUGAGAAAUCCUCAGUUAUAUAAUUUGGUACUCUAUCUACCAUGUCCAAUUGUAAAGGUAGGUGGUGGUGAUGAUGGAUCAUCAUCAUCUACAACAUCAUCAACAAAAUACCAAUACUUGGAUACUUUAAGUAAAGAUUGGAGAACCAAUCCUGGUAAAACAUCAAAUAACUACCACAAUAUAAUGUCAAAGGAACUUGGAGGAAGAGAUACAAUUAAAGAGAUUAUGGAUGCACAUGAGUUGGGUGCCAUACUAGAUACAUCAUCCAAAGGAUUUCAUACUAGAAACACCAAAGUAUCAAAAUCAGAUUAUUUAAUUGCUUUUACAUCAAGUACAAGUGGUCAACCAGAGGGUGGUGGAACACUAGACACAUGGACUAAAUCAAAAUCAUUAAACAAGAUUCAUUUCACUUUACAACCAUUACAACAACAACAAGUAUCUUCUUCACCUCCAACAAUCAAAAAGAAAAAGACAGAACCAAAAAAAAGAAAAGAAAAAGAAAAAGAAGAAGAUAAUGAUAAUGAUGAUGAUGAUGACACCUCGACAGUAACAACAACAACUACUACAAGAAAAGAUUGUAUAACUAUUGUACUAGUAGUACUACUUUAUAUUGAUCGUCUGUCUAUACAUAGCAAGCAGCAGUUGAUCGAUCGAUUGAUUGAGCUCAAAGAGGGAGUAGAGAGAAGAUUAAGAAUGGUAUUACCUUUGCUCAAAGUUGGUAGUUUACUUGUUAAAUCAUUGGCCAAACCGUUUUCGAAACAGAUCAAGGUUGUAGCUUCAAAGUCUCCUGCAUUUCAUACAUGCGUUGUUAGUAUAGCUAGAGGUUUCCAUAAAUUAGGAGAUGUUGCAAAAAGAAAUACAGAACUCAAUGUAAACAGUGCUAUCGAUCUUGGUAGUGAGAUGGCCAGUGAAUUCUUUUUGUUGAGUGUUGCUGUUGGAUUGUUGUUGUUUGAAAACAAACGGUCUGCACAAAAGGAACAUAACAAGGAAGAAGCUCUAAACAAUCGAUUCAAGAAACUAGAGGAACAAUCCAAACAACAACAAGAGUUGAUUGAUUCUAUGGUAUUAGAGAAUGACCAAUUACGUCAUAAAAUUAGACGUACUAGUGGAUUGAAUAACAAUAAUAAUAACAACAAUGAUAAUGUCGAUAAGAAUGAUGAUGGUCAAGAUGGAUCAUUGCUUGGCGUUUUACCAUUACGAUUAAAUCCAUAUCAUUCAAUUGUCACGACAACUCAAUCAUCAUCAGGUCAUAGUAAAUCGUUCACCUCUUCUAGUGAUGAAGAGGCAGGUACCGGUGUAAAUAUAUCAAAAUUCUUAUCACAUAGAGGUGUAAUACUUUCCUAA